AUGACAUCCGCACCGGCCCGCGCAUCCAAUGCGCUGCUCUCGGUCAACUUCAACCAGGACCACUCGUGCAUCGCGGUGGGCACGCGCGAUGGCUACUCGAUCACCAACUGCGAGCCGUUCGGCCGCGUGUACACCAACCAGUCGGGCGCGACGUCUCUCGUCGAGAUGCUCUUCUGCACCUCGCUCGUCGCACUCGUCGCCACGUCCGAUGCAGACGCCAAGUCGAACGCCAGCCCACGCCGGCUGCAGAUCGUCAACACCAAGCGCCAGAGCGUCAUCUGCGAACUCCUCUUCCCCACCGCCAUCCUCGGCGUCAAACUCAACCGCCGUCGCCUGGUGGUGGUGCUCGAGAACGAGAUCUACAUCUACGACAUCUCCAACAUGAAGCUGCUGCACACCAUCGAGACGAGUCCCAACCCGAACGCCAUCUGCGCCCUCUCGCCCAGCUCGGAGAAUUGCUUCCUGGCGUAUCCGAGUCCCGUGCCUUCGCCCACCAGCCCCUUUGCCGCGGGUGCAGGCGCGGCGGCGGGGGGCGCGGGAGCGGCAACAGCGGGUGCAGCGGGCGGCGGGGCAGGCGACGUGCUCAUCUUUGAUCUGCUCUCGCUGAGUGUGACCAAUGUGAUCCAGGCGCACAAGACGCCCAUCUCGGCACUGGCGCUCAACGCAACCGGAACGCUGCUGGCCACCGCCAGCGACAAGGGCACCGUGAUCCGCGUGUUCAGCGUGCCGGCCGCACACAAGCUGCACCAGUUCCGCCGCGGCAGCUACGCGGCGCGCAUCUACAGCAUCAACUUUAACGCCGUCUCGUCGCUGCUCGCCGUGUCCUCGGACACGGAGACGGUGCACAUCUUCAAGCUGGCAUCGUCUUCGGGCGGUAGCAAGGCGUCGGCGAUGGUGUCGGAUGCGGCGUCGGAUACGUCCAGUCCGCCCGGCUCGGCCAACGGCGGGCGCGUGGGCGGGUACGAGGCCAUGAUGGCGCGUCCCAAGCAAGGUGGGGGGAUAGGCGGCAGUUUGCGGCGCCGAAGCAUGGCGCUCGGCAAGGGCAUCACGGGCAGCGUCGGCGGCUACCUGCCCAACAGCCUGACCGAGAUGUGGGAGCCGGCGCGCGACUUUGCCUUUCUCAAACUGCCUACGCCGGGCGUGAGCAGCGUGGUGGCGCUCAGCGCGACCACACCGCACGUCAUGGUCGUCACCAGCGAGGGCUACUUCUACCAGUACAACAUCGACCUCGAACACGGCGGCGAGUGCAUCCUCCAGAAACAGGCUGACCCAGUGGCCGUUGUGGCGAUAGAAUACUCGCUCUUGGAUACGGAUGCCGAGAGCGGGGCGCGGUCGAAUGGCGACUGA